CUGAACAAGCCACUAAGCCAAAUUAAGCCAGUAAACUCAAAAAACAACAAAAACAACCUCAAAACAAGAGAAAAUUAACUCAAACAAGCCACCAAGCCAGUCCAAGCCAGUAAGCCCAAACUAAUGCACUAACCCAGCCAAAAUCAAGCCAGUAAACUCAAAAAAACAACAAAAACAACCUCAAAACAAGAAAAUUAACUCAAACAAGCCAGCAAGCCACUAAACCAAACCACCAACCCAUCCCAAGCCAGCAAUGGACUCCCAGCUUCAGUUUGAUGGCAAGUUACUGGGUCUGGUGGACACGGCCUGGCUUCUGGACCGACUGCCUAGUGAUGACAUUGCAGUACCAGUCCAGGAGUUGCCAGAUCCUGAACCAGAUACUGCUACUCCCAACCAGACACUCAGACAGCAGGAACACAAGUGGGGUGACCUUGUGCUCUCCAACCUCACUGACACACAGGGACAGAAUGCUGCUAGUUAGGUUAGGGGGUUAGAAUAGGGUAGGGUGUGUUAGUGGGUGUGUUUUGGGGUGUUUGAGUGUGUUUUGAGUGUGUUUUGGGGGUGUUUUGGGGUAUUUCAGUGUG